GUUCUUUCCUUAGAGGGGGGUGAGGGCAAUGCGUCAUUGCUGUUCCACGUGGUGAAAUGCUUUGCGGCCGCUCUUCUCUGUCCUUUUCAUCGCCAUUUUUUCUUCAGCAAGAUGCCGAAGAUAGUGUGUAGUAAAACCUGCACAACUCCACGGCGUCCCUUUGAGAAGGAGCGCCUGAAUCAAGAGUUAAAGAUUAUAGGAGAGUAUGGACUUCGCAACAAACGUGAAGUUUGGCGUGUAAAGUACACCCUGGCGAAGAUUCGUAAGGCUGCCCGUGAGUUACUAACUCUGGAGGAGAAAGACCCUCGAAGGUUGUUCGAAGGCAACGCUCUUUUGCGUCGUCUCGUUCGUAUUGGCGUGCUUGAUGAGAGCCGAAUGAAGCUCGAUUACGUUUUGGGUUUGAGGAUUGAAGAUUUCUUGGAGAGACGCCUUCAGACACAAGUAUUUAAGCUUGGUUUGGCUAAGAGCAUUCACCAUGCUCGAGUGUUGAUCCGGCAAAGGCACAUACGGUGAGCGUUUGAUCUUGAUUUUAUUCCCUGUUCAUGCCAGUAUUAGAUUUAAAAUGGAAUGUGAUAAACGAGAGAUGUAUGUAGGUGGACUGACAGUGAUAUGCAGUGUUGGCAUGAUUACUGUAAGCUCAUUUGAUCUGUUAUCAGACAACACACUGUCAAGACAUUGAAACGCUGUCAGUGUACUGUUUGGAGAUCAUUUAGCGUAGCAACUGUCUUUUCACUGCCUUUAUCUAAACUGCAGAAUACCCGGCCACUUCACUAUGAAGAAAAGGAAAUCUCCUUUGUGUUGACCUUUUUCUCCAAAGUGUUCCAUCACAUGUGAAAAAGUAGCCCGUAAGCAAGCUCUCCAUGUGAGGGAUAUCUUGAAAAGUAGAUGUGUGAGAGGCACGCGAGGGAGGACAUGAAAGCAGGGUGCGGAGGAGAGAAAGGCUUUCCUUGGCCCCUCGCGGCUUCGCUGCUUGCUUGCUCGCCCUUGCGCUGCUGGCUUCGCUUGCCCAAAUAGGAGAGCUUGCUCACAGGCUAGUAAAACAGGGGCCUGGAGUGGCAGGAGAUAACUAAGUAACAUCAAGGUUUUUGGGACACGUUGAUGUGACUUAAGUUUAUUUUGUUAACCAGUUCCAGGGCUGUCAUUAAUCUGGGAGAAAUUUGAUCAUUGGAUUUAUUGGCAUUUCAAUAUCUGGCUGCCUCAUAGCUUCGCCAUCUACUAAAUAGAAAAAUUAGUAAGAGCCUUAAUGUUUACUGACAGCGUUACCCUGUCAAUAAGCAAAUGUAAGGGGUACUAAAACUGGCCAGUUUUCCUCUUUCGUAAAAGGUCUUUCAUUACCCAAAAAGUAUUUUAUCCUAAUACAUGAGCAAGUGGUACUUAGAGUCUCCUGAUGGUCUGUGGGAAUUAUUACUCUCCGCUCUUUUAGUGCAGAUUAUACUACCUAAGAUCUGAAACAUCAUCACAGUUGUGACCUCACAUGGGAAAACCUUUGAAACUGUUUUAAUGCUUUCGAUAUCCUUUUAACAUUUUUGAUAUCCGUUUUCCUCCCACUUCUCAGUAGUCUGUUUUACCUGUUGACAGACUGCUGUAGUUUUUAUUUUUGUCAACAUCAGAUGGACUUCGGACAGAAACUUACUUUUUUGUGAUUGGAAAACGGAUGCCCUUACCAGAGUGACUUUUUAAUUUAAUGGUUCUGUCAUAACAUAAGCAAUUUCUGCUUUGACCAGUGGACACUGUUGUUCUGGGGAAUAAUCAACUAACUGUGUAGUACAAGAUACAAGCCCUAGGAUUUCAAAUCCCAUGGAUAACAAUUUUUUCGGUUCUGUGCCCAGAGAUCAUGGGAAACCAUCUGUAACAAUUUUUUGGUUCCGUGAAAAUUCAUGCACAGAAACAUGUUGUUAAACAUACUUUAAAGUUAAAGAACAUCAGUGUGUACUAUUAUUUACAAAAAACUUCAUUGUCUAUUAAAAUGUCAGAAGAAGGCCAGUGUUAAAUGUGUCUGCAUCUAAGUGUGAAAAAGUCCAGACUCGUUUUCUAUCCAACUGAAGAAGUAUACUCACUUGAAAUGUUUGCUACAGAUCUUGUGUUUUCAUAAAGAGAUUUGGCCUUGUCAUCAGUUUCAACUGUGAAAUUGUCACUAAAAGACCACCUUAUAAAUGUUUUAAAACUUUUGGAGUUACAUUUUUUAUCUUGGCACUGGUAGCUAUAUCAUUCGCUGUUGUUAACUGUAAAACAUCUUUCAUGCAUUGGUUAUCAGUAAAGUGCAAUGCGCUUUGGGAACGAUUCAAGAUGGUGGAUGAUAGAAAAAUGGUAUCGUUUUUUAAAAUUUUGUAUAUAUACAAGGUGAUUCAUAAAGAAUUGCUUUACCAGUUAAGAAUCUGAGUGGAAAAAUAGUACAUUUGUGUAUUUGAUCCCUCAGUCUAAAUAUAUCGGGAUAUGUCACUGGGAAACUAUUUUUCGGUUCCAUUAUUUUAAGUUCAGGGUAACAACACGGUACUGGAAACGAUUGUUACCAUGAAAUCCUAGGACUUGAAGAUAGUCAAUAAUACAUGUAAUUGACGUUUCAAUAAUAAACUCAAGAGGAGUUUUCUAUUCUUUUUCUUUUUACCAUUCAGUGUUCGCAAACAGCUUGUGAAUGUACCAUCAUACAUUGUACGUCUGGACUCUCAGAAGCACAUUGACUUCUCCCUGAAUUCACCUUAUGGUGGAGGGCGUCCUGGCCGUGUGAAGAGAAAGAAUAUGAGGAAGGGCCAGGGAGGUGGUUCUGAUGGUGAGGAAGAGGAUGAAGAUUAG